GGGCCGGGGCCGGCAGCGAUGGUGGCCGCGCCGGGGCCGCGGCUGCUGGCCUUGGCCAUGGCCCUGUGGCCGGCAGGGCUCGGGGCACAGCCGAGGCUGCAGGAGGCCGGCGGAGGGCUGCGAGCGCCCGGGGACUCCGUCACUCUCUCCUGCCACGGCUCCGGAUUCAACUUUGGCAUACAUGGAAUUUAUGGUACCGUCAGUCCCCCGGAGGCAUCCCAGGGCGGGUGUCUCUCAUCAACUACUCGGGCAGUGGCCACAACCAAACUGUUUGUGAGUUUCUCCAAGCGUGGAGACUCCACAGGGGGCCUGGACUACCUGCACUGGUGCUUGGUUAUCCUCACACUAUCACCAUCUACUCCCUCAGCUGAGACUUCAUCAGCUUCUCACAGGAGGACCUUUUUGGAAGGACAGUGUUUGAAAGCCUUCCUGAAGGCAAGCCUUCAUCUCCCGGGGCGCCUCUGCUCCUCUGCCGAUGCAGCCGCCAGCGUGCCCUCGCCGAGCCGCCGUUCUCCUGAGUGCCCCCAUGCCCUGCGGCGCCGGGGCCGGGGCGGGUGUGUCGGGGCGGGCAGAGGCGCCGGCGCUGCCCCGGCGAGGCGGGGCCGGGCGGGAGCGGCCCGAGCGCGGCUCCGCUCGGCUCCUGUGCGGCUGCCGCGGGGCCGGGGCCGGCAGCGAUGGUGGCCGCGCCGGGGCCGCGGCUGCUGGCCUUGGCCUUGGCCCUGUGGCCGGCAGUCAGUGCAAGGUCGGGCCAAGAUGUCCCGGGACAAUUCCCGGUCCGAGGUUUACCUCUCCCUGCUGACCCUGCAGCCCCACGACUCUGUCCGGUACUUGUGUGCGUUUCACACGGGGACGGGAAACCCAGCUGGGCUUUAA